AUGAGUUUUAACAAUCAAAAUUAUAUGUUUGAAGAAUUUAAAGUGGAAGAAAUAUAAUUUAUACCAGAAAUUAGACAAACUAAGUCUAUUGUUGCUAAUCCAAAUAAAAUUAAUAAAAAGUUAUUUUAUCAAUAUAUUUAAGAUAUUCAAUUUGUUCAUAUUGUUUAGCUUAUUAAGAAAAUGAAGAUAAUACACCUUAUUAAUGUAAGAAUAUAACAUGUGGUAAAUUUGUAAAAAUACCUGUAUAAUAUGAAGUAUUUCAAUGUCCUACAUGUUAUGCAAAUAUUCUGCAUCAACCUUUUAGUAUUUUAAUAUAAUUCAAUUAGGUUCAAUAAUUUGUUCAUAGUGUAAGAAAAUUGUAAAAUGGUCUGAUCAAUUAUUAAAUUAAGCUUCUUAAUUAACUUAAGGCAUAAAAAAACAAUAUUGA